AACACUAACGAGAGCGUUUCCGUCUCUCUCUUUCUCUCACUCACGAACACCUAGCCUCUUCUAUUGCUUCAUCCUCCCAGUGGCUAGUGCUCUGGCACCGGCGGUGGGGUUGUUCCAGGACUCGACUCGCGCCGUGAGAGGAGGAGAGUGAGAUAGCUGCGGCAGUAGGAAGAGGCGGAGCAAGAGGGAGAGAGAGAGAGCUAUGAACGCCCCGGAUCGCUACGAGCGAUUUGUCGUUCCGGAGGGCACCAAGAAGGUGUCGUAUGAGAGGGACACGAAGAUUGUUAACGCCGCCUCUUUCACCAUCGAACGCGAAGACCACACCAUCGGCAACAUCCUCCGCAUGCAGCUGCAUAGGGACCCGAAUGUGCUUUUUGCAGGCUACAAGCUUCCACACCCUCUGCAGUACAAGAUUAUAGUGAGGAUCCAUACGACUAGCCAGUCUUCCCCUACACAGGCAUAUAAUCAGGCAAUAGACGAUCUUGACAAGGAGCUUCAGCAUCUCAAGAAAGCAUUUGAGAGUGGUUUCAUGUUGUUGCAAUCUGUAGUUGAAGAAGAAAGAAGAAAGAAUAAAAAAAUUAUUUGGUUCAAGACUCAAGAGCAUGAUGCUUUAUGUGCAGUACUGUGAGUGUGAGUUUAGUUGGAUGAAGGAUGAGAUGAAUAGGUAUGAAGAAAAACUAAGACAAGGUUACUAGGCUAAGUUAACCGCCCUUUCUUGGAAACUGACUGUGUUUGUGUACUUGAAUGAAUAACCUUGCACUGGUGUGAUCUGUUUUAAGAGUUCUUCGCUGCAACUAUUAAGAUGCCAGUUGGACAUGAAAACUUGAUGUUCUAACCCUUCUAAAUUUAACAACGAUUUUCCAAGUGAAAAUUCGGAUGCUCCCACGGGCGAGAUGAUCUUAUCAUGUUGAAAUUUGCUGCCUUUACUCUUCCUAGACAUCUAAUGAAUUGCAAAGAAAGUGGGUGGAAUGCAUCACAAUUCCCUACAUUUUCUUGA